UGCGGCGGCGGUGGCGACGGCUAGUUAGCAACGUCUGGAGCACGUGUCGACGAGGCGCUACGUCGCCUUAAGGCUCGCGCGCCGUUAAGGAAGACGUGGAGUUGGCCGGCGCUGCCAUGGGUGACGAGAACUGGGAUACGGAGUUUACAGAAGAUGUUAGUAGAGAGGGAAGCCGGGCCUUGCCGGUUUUCCAGCCCAGCUUCCAGAAGCCGGGCAGCAUAUCCAUGAGAACAAAUGAAACCUUUUGCAAUUUCACUCAGAGUAUAAAACAGCCAGGUAUCAGAGAAAACCGUAAUGGUGAAGAGAAACAAACAGGUGGAUUUGGAAGUGGAAGAAUUUUUGGAAACAGAGGAAAUGGGUUUGAAGAAAGAAAAUCUUCAAGUUUUGUAAGAGGUUUUCAAAGAAUGAAUGAUGACAAUAGUGUUCUUCGUAGACCUGGAAGAGGAUCAUUCAGAGGUGAUAGAGGAGGAUUUGGGCGAUUUACAACAGAUGAUGCAAAUAUGAAACAAGAUGGAAGACAAAAUUCUGUCGGCUUAGGUUUUAAAAGAAGAGGCUUUGGUAUUCCAUCAGGUGAAUUUGAAAGUAGAAGAGAAUUUGAAGCCAGAGGGGACUACAAAGAAAGCAGUGAAGAAGCAAAUAUAAUGGGAAGAAAUCCAAAGGUGACAUACGUACCACCACCACCACCAGAUGAUGAAAAUAGCAUCUUUGCACAUUACCAGACAGGAAUAAAUUUUGAUAAAUAUGAUAAUAUUCUUGUGGAAGUUUCAGGGCUUGAUCCUCCACCAGCAAUAAUGAACUUUGAAGAAGCUGGUCUGUGUGAAACCUUAAUAAAGAACAUAGAUAAAGUUGGAUAUUUUAAACUUACUCCUGUGCAGAAAUAUAGUAUUCCUAUUGUGCUGGCAGGACGUGACUUAAUGGCCUGUGCACAAACAGGAUCUGGAAAAACAGCAGCUUUUCUUAUACCAAUUUUAGCUCACAUGAUGCGAGAUGGAGUGACUGCCAGUCAAUUCAAAGUGGAACAAGAACCAGAAUGUAUAAUUGUAGCACCAACUAGAGAACUGAUAAAUCAGAUCUUUCUGGAAUCAAGAAAAUUUUCAUAUGGAACUUGUGUAAGACCUGUUGUGAUUUAUGGAGGCAUACAAAUGAGCCAUACAAUUCAUCAGAUAAAGCAAGGCUGUAAUAUAUUGUGUGCUACCCCAGGAAGACUUUUGGAUAUCAUAGGCAGACAAAAGAUUGGGCUCAGCAAAUUAAAAUAUUUGGUGUUAGAUGAAGCUGAUCGUAUGUUGGAUAUGGGAUUUGGCCCUGAUAUAAAGAAAUUAAUUUCAUCUCCAGGCAUGCCCUCAAAAGACAAUCGCCAAACAUUAAUGUUUAGUGCCACUUUCCCUGAUGAAAUCCAAAGGCUUGCUGGAGAAUUUUUGAAGACAGACUACUUAUUUGUUGUUGUUGGACAAGUGGGAGGAGCAUGCAGUGAUGUUCAGCAGACCAUACUUCAAGUUAAGCAGUAUGACAAGAAAGAGAAACUUGUUGAAAUUCUUAAUGAAAUAGGCAAUGUACGAACUAUGGUGUUUGUGGAAACAAAGAAAAAAGCAGAUUUUUUUGCAACUUUACUUUGCCAAGAAAACAUAUCAACCACAAGUAUUCAUGGUGACCGGGAACAGAGGGAAAGAGAAGAAGCACUUCAUUAUUUUCGUACUGGAAGAUGCCCUGUUCUUGUUGCUACAUCUGUAGCAGCAAGAGGUCUGGAUAUAGAAAAUGUUCAACAUGUUAUAAAUGUUGAUCUUCCUUCCACGAUUGAUGAAUAUGUUCAUAGGAUUGGACGAACUGGACGUUGUGGUAAUCUAGGCAAAGCAAUUUCUUUCUUUGAUCCUCAAGCAGAUAGUCCUAUUGCACAGCCCUUAAUAAAAGUGCUCGCAGAUGCUCAGCAAGAGGUUCCAGCAUGGUUAGAAGAAAUUGCUUGUGGUUCAGGUGGGAUUGGUUUUAGUAAUCCAAAGGGAAAUGUGUUUGCAGCUGUUGAUUCCCGAAAGGUUUUCUGUAACAAAGACAAUCAUCACAGUGGAGGAUUUGCAGCAUCGAAUAUACUUGUAGCAGAUGAGUCCUGGGAUUAAAUUCUACCCCUGGCAAUAGAACAACGUUGUACUAUACAAAAUCUUCUAAACAGAGUAGUUUUGGGAAAACCUGAUUGGAUUCUGGCCAAAUGUAUUUGAUUGUCUAUAAUUUCAGUGGAAUUUACUUCUAUGUGUUUAGGAUUAUUAUAUGUUUAAAAAAACUAUUGAUGUUGUUGCCUUUCCCUGUUAAGAAAAGGUUAAUUUCAGGCAUUUGAGUUCCUUAUUUAGCAAAUUUAAGUUUAAUGGUUGUGUGAAAUAACACAAUUUGUUGUAAACUACUGUU